GCAAAAGCAAAAUUGAUCCCCAAGUCCGAUACAACAAAACGACAACGGGAUACCACUUUAUUCGAAUUUACUUGCUGCGCUUCAUUGCUAGCCCUUCAGAUCGACUGCUCGACUUUAUAUCUCACUUCCUACAACCCCAUAAACUAUUCCUGGCUCACACGAAGAUUCCCCGAUUCGCUUUUCUGAUAACGAACUCCGCCCCUCAUAUAGAGAGUACCUCGGACCCUUUAGGGACGGGAAUCGUUGACGACACCAGAAUUUGCGGGAUAACCAAGAAAAUCGCUCUGGUACCUUCAUACGCCCUACGCCCUGUCUGGAGUCGCUAGCAAAAGGCAUAAGCAAUCAGCAGAAUUGCGACAUCUCCAGUCUCCAUCCUCAUAAUACUGGUCUUUUUUGGAUUACAAAUUCAUCAUCAUGACAAGGCUGAUCCUUUCCACCUCCAAUAUUAUGAAUGGAGUCUCCUCCAUUAUUCGCAGAAAUGGAGGGGAAAAGUCCAACCAGGAGCUGGUGAACUCGCUGCGCACCAAUUUCGCCGCCGCCCAGCAGGAUUACUCCCCCCCGCUCUCGGCCUCUCCAACCCCGCCAGUCGAUGGCGUGCAGGAGACGAAAGGUCCAUCGCGACCGGCGACUUCGAUCUGGACGACGAGAGACCAUGGCGAUUUAUACAUACCCACAAUCGACUGGGCGCUGUCCGGGCUAGCCGAGGAGAGGAGCCAGUACGAUAUCACGGUCAAAUUAUUCUUCUUGCCCAAGGCAUCGCUGGAGGAGCGCGAACAGAUUACUAAGGAUGCGGUUGACUUGGUUCUGAAGGAAUUGAGAGUCGAGACUAUUGAUUUAUUGAUUGUCUCAUUCUACGGAAUGUCCUUUGAUGGCGAUUGCGAGUACGCUGCCGACCAGAAGAACUCGGAGCAGGGCAAUGAUGAGGAGGAACUGGCGACCUGGCCGACAAUGGAGUCGCUUCACGAACGCGGGGUCGUAAAGAAGCUGGGCCUUGCUGAGUUUGGCAGCGAGAAACUGUCCAAGUUCAUGUCGAAGGUCAAGGUACGCCCUGUUGUCGACCAAAUCAACGUCCGAGACUGCUGCAACGUCCCGCCACCCCUCAUCCAAUUGGCGAAGCAGGAGAAACUCGAGCUCUUGACCCACAACGACUGCAGCGAGAUCUUACCGAGCGGAACACUGCGAGAGUUGCUGGGACAAGGUCCUAAUGGCGCAGGUGUCAUUUCGGAGUUGAAGCGUUCGGCAGAUGGUAGCACGAGCGAGAUUACACCUAAGUGGGUUGCGAAGUACACUGCUGUGGUGCGCGACAGAGGCGUGGUCGAGAACAAGGGGUACUUCGCCGCAGCGGAGCUGGCUGAAUGAGCAUUACACAUAAAGAGGGUUUUUGGAGGUAGCUUUUGCAUUGGGAUUACUGGUACUGGUCAUCCCACGGCGUUUUUGGUAUAUGGGAUAACGACGCACAUAUUGAGCUUCUUGGAGAGCACAAGAAGACGGCGGUAGCGAUGAUGGCAAGUGGAAUAGACAUAGCCUUGCGUUGAUUGCAUUUAUAUGAAUAACCCGGCUUCUGCCAUGAUGCAUGUCUAUCUUCGCUGUAUGAUUUCUGUAUAAGUUUUUUUUGCUUUCUAACCCAG